AUGGCACUCGAAGCUCUAAACUCACCGGCAACAAACACGGCGGCGCCACCACCUUCCUUCCAUUACAAAGACAUGAAUUUCCCGACCACCACCGUAAUUCAAGAUUCUUGGAAUAAAGGCAAGCGUUCAAAGAGGCCGAGAACCACCACAAGCACGGAUAGCGACAUCACUCAUCCAUCGGAACCAGAACAACCCACGGAGGAGGAGUACUUAGCUUUCUGUCUCAUGUUGCUCUCUCGUGGAAGAACAGACACCACCUCCACCGCCACCGCUGCCGCUGUCGCUGCCCAAUCUCCUCCACUGCCACCACUUCAUCAGUCUGUCUCUCACAAGUGUAGCGUCUGCAACAAGGGGUUCUCUUCUUACCAAGCACUCGGUGGACACAAAGCCAGCCACCGGAAAAACGUCUCCGAAGACCACCCGUCUACUUCCGCCACCACAACCGCCAGCGCCUCCGCUUCCUCUGUUUUAAAGCCUAGUGGAAGAGCCCACGAGUGCUCUAUCUGCCAUAGAACUUUCCCCACCGGACAAGCACUCGGUGGUCACAAAAGACGCCACUACGACGGCAACAACCCCGGUACCGGAGCAACCGCCAGCGGCGUCACAACCUCCGAGAAGACCACCUCCUCCACCCAUAGCCAACCGCGUGGAUUUGACUUAAACUUACCCGCAUUCCCUGAAUUCCAGUUGGGUUUGAGCGUUGACUGUGCGAAGAAAAGUCAACUGCUCAUGAGCGAGCAAGAAGUUGAAAGUCCACAUCCGGCGAAGAAACAGCUUUUGUCCGUCGCCGUCGACCUACCAAAUUACUAA